UGACUCCCGUCGAGUGACGAAAGCACGAGCGCAGGUGCACAGGCUGGGAACUGCAUCCAAACCACACCAAAUAAACCUCCUCUUACGAUGGCCUCAGCAAAUGAUGCUCGAUAUGGACAAAAAGAGUCUACGGAUCAGAACUUUGAUUACAUGUUUAAGAUCCUGAUCAUUGGUAACAGCAGUGUUGGAAAAACCAGUUUCCUGUUCCGCUAUGCUGAUGACUCCUUCACACCCGCCUUUGUCAGCACUGUCGGCAUAGACUUCAAAGUGAAGACCAUCUAUCGGAAUGAUAAGAGGAUAAAGCUCCAAAUAUGGGACACUGCUGGGCAGGAAAGGUACAGGACCAUCACCACUGCAUACUAUCGUGGAGCUAUGGGCUUCAUUCUUAUGUAUGACAUCACCAAUGAGGAUUCCUUUAAUGCCGUUCAGGACUGGUCGACCCAGAUUAAGACAUAUUCAUGGGACAAUGCUCAAGUGCUGCUGGUGGGAAAUAAGUGUGACAUGGAAGACGAGAGAGUGGUUGCUUCAGAGAGAGGAAGACAGCUGUCCGAACAGUUAGGCUUUGAGUAUUUUGAGGCCAGUGCCAAGGACAACAUCAACGUGAAGCAGGCAUUUGAGCGUCUGGUGGACAUAAUCUGUGACAGGAUGUCAGAGAACGUGGAGUCGGCGGAUCCGUCCGUCGUCGGUAACAAGCAGGGCCCUCAGCUUAAUGAGCAGCCACAACGCUCCAACAAGGACUGUGCUUGCUAAGGGUCGCUUUCAACCUCUCAACCAUUCCCCUGCAGAUUGAACAAUGGACCGCUCUACGAAGGAAGGCUUUGGUAAGAAGAGCUGAUGGGAUGCGGCUGAGAGCCCGUCUUCUCUCUGUCACUUUUGCGAGGUUGACAUCAGCGCGUUUGUGUUUUUCUGAUUAUGUUGGUAUCGGUAACCAAUGCUCCUCUCAUCUCUUAAUAAUUUAACUGAAUCUUUACAGUACUUUUUGACUAAAUUUCGGAAUAAUUAGAAGUAUAUUUUGUGUCAAAUGAAUUCCAACGUGAAAUGUUCAUGAGCAUUUUUAUGUACGUUUUGGGUUUCAUCAAAGUCAAAUUUACACAAAUAUCCCGAAUACAUUGCCAAGAGAUAUUUUAUUAUUUUGUAAACCGACCAAUAUACAGUUGGGACUGUAUACAGACUGUUGUGUGGAAACCAUCAGCAUAAAGGCUCAUCCCAAGAUAGGAAGUUUGAAUGAAUCCUACGCUUGAAUGUUUCGUAAAGUACUGUUUCGCUCUUUUAUUUAUUUUUUUAAAUUAAAGAGUGAAAACUGAAUGAAAACACUCAUUUACUCCCUAUUACUUUUAAAUAACAGCAGUUGUAUUUUGUAAAACAUAUUAUAUAAGAAAAAAUGGUAUAUGUGUAAUAAUAGAUGUAAUUAGGAAGAAAAGACUGAUGCGCUUAAUUGCUUCUUGUUUUUGUAAUGUGAAGGAAUUAAUGAAUUUAAGUGUUUUUUCAGUUACAUGUUCUGCUUUUACUCCAGUUCCUACACAUAGUGGACUCAAACUCCCCAUUUUACCAUGAAGUAAAAAGCGUGAGUGUUUGUGUGCAUGUUAGUAUGUCAUCCUAGUGUAGAUAUUUAGUUUCUACAAGCUGAAAACACAAUUAUACUUUAAUAAAGAGAAACUCCAUCAAAUAAUAGCA